GAUAAAAGUUAUCGACUCUUUAUCUUUCACUUUUGCUCUAAGUAGGCUUGUCAAAAGUAAUUGUAGAAAUUUAAUUUUUUUUUUUUACCGAAAUUUAAAAGACAUUAAGGAUUAAGAAUUCGAAUAUGCCCCCGACGACAUAUCUCGUAUUACUAUGGCGCAUUUCUAUCCAUAUUCUAUAUCCAUUCAUUUAUAUGAAUAGCAGUUUGCAGGAUGCACUUGGAGCCGAUUAUAAAGAGAUGUGGAGCAAACCCCAUCGAUAUCACGAUGAGGAUUUGGAACGUUCCUUAAAGUCAUGCCUGUUGCUGGCGAUGGUGUUGGAGAUAAUACAUUCCAUCCGUUUGGUAUAGUUCAAAUGCAAAAGUCCAGUCAGAAAAGCAGAAAGCUAUACACUUAUAGAAGUAUUUAUAUACAUGCAUACAUAUAAGUUUUGUAUACGUA